CGGCGGCGCCGUGGAGGUGGAUGGCUUAGCGUCGGGCACAGCGGGCUGAGCUUCUGGGCCCCUGGCAGGCGAAGGAGGGAUCUGGCCGUGCUUGCGAGCAGCCGAUCUUGAAGGCUUGAAACCUGCUCGGGGACCUCUGGAUCUCGAUGGCGCUGAACGGAACGAGGAGCGCGUAGCUGGGAAAGGCAUGCCCCAAACAUUGAGCUCUGCCAGCAUGUUUACUUCCUGUGGCUUCAGCCCUCAUCACCUCCAUCCAUCCAAAGAAGAUGAUGAAGGAGGACUGAUCUUUCAAGAUGGAAACCUUACCUCAGCAUCUCUUGAUGCUUUAAUUCAACACCUUAUACCUACAGCUGAUUACUACCCUGAGAAGCCCUAUAUCUUCACAUUCCUGCUGAGCUCAAGACUGUUCAUUGAACCUCAUGAACUUCUGUCCCGUGUUUGUCACAAGUGCAUUGAGCAGCAGCAACUAGAUGACCCAGUGCUGGAUAAGGCACGGAUCAGAAAAUUUGGGCCCAAGAUUUUACAGUUACUGACAGAAUGGACGGAAACCUUUCCUUAUGAUUUUCAGGAAGAAAAGAUGAUUGGAUGUUUGAAAGACAUUAUCCACCGAAUAGCUCCAUGUGAUGAGGCCUAUUGGAAAAAGAUGAAUCAGCUUCUACAAACCUUGAAUCAGAAGCUUGCAAGUCUUAACCAUGGCCAGGAAGGGAUAGUCAAGAUCAGUGCAGCUGUCUCAGAUAAAGUGGUAGCUUUUAAAAGUAAACCUCCCUCCAUCCAAAGAGAAAUGUUGAGUGUCUGCAGUGAUCCAUAUACUUUGGCCCAACAGCUAACUCAUAUAGAACUGGAAAGACUGAGUCAUAUUGGUCCUGAAGAAUUUGUUCAAGCAUUUGGCCAUAAAGAUCCCUUGGAUAGCACAAAGCCUUGUUUCAGUGAACAGAAGAAGACUAGUAAUCUUGAGGCUUAUGUAAAAUGGUUCAAUAGACUCUGCUAUCUUGUAGCAACAGAAAUUUGCAUGCCUGCCAAAAAGAAGCAGAGGGCACAAGUCAUCGAAUUCUUCAUUGAUGUUGCUCGUGAGUGCUUUAACAUAGGGAACUUUAAUUCACUGAUGGCAAUCAUCUCUGGGAUGAACAUGAGUCCAGUGUCCAGGCUAAAGAAGACCUGGUCAAAAGUGAAAACAGCCAAGUUUUUUAUUCUUGAGCACCAGAUGGAUCCUACUGGCAAUUUUUAUAACUACAGGACUGCAUUAAGGGGAGCUGCUCAUCGGUCCCUAACAGCACACAGCAACAGGGAAAAGAUUGUGAUCCCCUUCUUCAGCCUACUGAUCAAAGACAUUUAUUUUUUGAAUGAGGGAUGUGCAAACCGCCUUCCAAAUGGGCAUGUCAACUUUGAAAAAUUCUUGGAACUGGCUAAACAAGUGGGAGAAUUCAUAACAUGGAAACAAGUUGAAUGUCCAUUUGAACGGGAUGAUAACAUAAUCCACUAUUUACAUACUGCCCCUAUCUUUACUGAAGAUGGUUUGUAUUUGGCUUCCUAUGAAAGUGAAAGUCCAGAAAACCAAACAGAAAAAGAGAGAUGGAAAAACUUGAGAGACUUACUUAAUAGAUGCAUGGGAAUUGGACAUGCUGCAAAACAGUGUCAUAGCCCCUGGACCCUCAUGAACCCAACAGAUCAACUAUCUUAGGAAAGACUUGAAGACAAGAAUCUAUAAAUAUACUAGGACAAACUAAAUCAGCAAAACUACUUUGCACUAUGGAUUCCAAAGAUGCCUAUUUGGGAUUGAGAAUAUUUUAUUCUUUAUUUUUGUGUGCAUCUGGGGACUCUUUAAUGUGAUUAACUGGAUUCAUCAAAAAGACUCAGUGAGUGGUCUUUUUACUGCACACACAAUUAUGUUGCUACAACCUAUAUGGAACCCUAUAGUGAAAAGCCAGUAAGUGGUUUGAUCUUGGCUUCAUCAGAACCAAGUCCUUAUUGUUAUUUAAACUUGUCUUUCUAAAUGAAAAAGAAAAAGCAAGAAAAGUCAUGGUGCUGCAAUCCAAAACAGUCUCCACUGGAAGAGUACAGGGUUUGUAUCUCAGAAGCAGGGUGUAUCUGACAGUAACUCACAGAGAACUGUGAAAAUUAGAUGUUGCCAAUUACAUUAUGCUAUUACAUAGGAAAGGACUAUUUUUCCUCCACAGUCUUCAGCCUCAGUGUAAAAUAUUCCAACAUCAGGACAUAAAAGACUAAUAGAAAACCGUAUUAAAAUGGACAAUCCAUGCAUAUGAUACUUUUUUUUAAUACAGAAAGAUUUGAGCUGUGAACGUAUGUUAUGUCUCCUUCAAUUUGGAGUCAGAAUCAUUUUUGUUCUUCAUGGUUAAUUCCUAAGCUGCUCAGAUGAAAUCCAAGACUUCCAGUGUGACCCAUAUGAUAUAAAGCAUGUAGCAUAUUUUCUAGUUCUGUUGACUGAUGGUUGAGAGAACAGUCUUUAAGGAGUCCUGCAUCAUUAACAGAAAGUAAAUCUGUUAACUGCAACAGUUACUUUCACCUACUUAUUUUCUCUUUAUUAUCAGAGGAGAGAAAUAUUUUAGAAAAGAUAAUCAUGUGAUAGUAGGGCUCUUAUUUCUAGUGUGUCUUACAGUCUUAUGAAUUGUUGCACUGAAAUUAUCAACAUGAUGUUCCUAAAAUGGGUCCAUUACUUUAUGGUUCUCUCUCUGUAGGUCAUGGUCACUGCCUUCCACCUAUGACAUUCUUUCUCAAAUUCAUGACUUUGAGAUGCAUUAGGGCUACAGAUUUGAGAGCUACAGUGAAAGUUGAGUAAUGGGGAACAAUCAGACAUUAAUCAUGUCUGCCAUAAUGCUUAAUGGGAGGGCAAGCAAUGGCUGCAAAUUAUAAAUAAAUAAUACUCAAAUAGUGUUUUUAAAUUCAUUAUAAGUAACAGUAAAACAAAUCCAUAGCUUAUUGCUUACUGUGCAGAAGUGCAGUAAAUGUGCAAAUCUUCAUUUUAAUAACUGGGGCAUUUUUAUAAUAAAAAUUAUAUCAGAAAGACUCAUCAGUUCAGAUUCUGAUAAUUGCAAGUAAUAUCCAGCACAUUGAGGGCUUGGCUUGAGAAUUACAGAUAUCUGAUGCCACAUAUAAAGAUAGAUGAGACUCAUGCCAAUGUACAUAUUUAUGCAUCAGUCAAAUGCAUUCCGUGAUUCAUCCAAUUCCAAAAAGGCUGGUGAAAAAAGCAUAAAUUGAGUAAAACACUUGCAUAGUGACCAAUAGGUGGAAUUUAGAGAGCUAGUUCUUGCCUUCCAUCAUAUGCAAGAAUUUAUCAUGCUGGUCAAAGUCUCAACUGGCAUUAUAUAAACAAUAAAGCAGUCAUUACGCACUGGAUAUGUUUGAAUCUUUAGAUAGGCUUUUGCUUCUGAACAUGUCUACAGUGGAAUUCUGUGACAUUCCUUCAGUGUUCUGAGGAGGAGUCUUUUUCUUUGGUUAAAGCUCUCUUAGCUUCUGGGAUACAGCUUACUGAUUUAUCUGCAGGGGCUUUCUUGAAAACCUCUUGAAAACUUCUGUUCUCUCACAUCUGUUCCAUUGUGUGCUGACAUCUAAUGCUGGCACAAAAAUGUUUCAUGCCAGCCUUCUUAAUAAAUGAUUUUUCACUAAAAAAUAUGCUGAUCUGACUACCCGUCUAGACCUGAGUUAGGUAUUUGUGGCCUAGGACAGAUAUGAAAGAAUUUUGUACAUUUUUUGCAUGUGCACAUAGACUUCUACUUUCCUCAGGCAACCAAAUCAGUGAUUACAUAUAACGCUACUUUGUGGGAUCAAUUCCAAACGUGUCAAAUUCUUUACAAAUUCCUCUGUUUCUGCACGGAGUACGUCACAAUGUAGUAGCUAUUUCUGGUAGCUUUUACAAGAGACCUGCAAUGUUUGAAUCACCCGGAUCUGUUCAGACUUCUUCAAUAACAAUCUCAGCAUCUGAAUAGGAAGCAACAUAAAUUUCUUUAUACUCUACUUGUGAGCACCUUUUCUACAGGAAAUUUUGAAGAAUGGGGGAAUUCCACAAAAUAUAGACAGGCAGAUGUCUCAGACUUUAAACAGGAAUAAAAGAAAAUCCAAGAAGCUACAAAUUGAUUGAUCUGACUUUGAUAUUAGAAAAGAAAGGAAAACAGAUUAGAAAUAAGUCUGAAAACACUGUAAGUAGACGGGAACAUGGAAUGACAAAAAUAAAUCCUGCCAUAAUUGUG